AUUUCGUAAUAAAAAAACGCUCCAAUUGCAUCAACCCAUUAUUUUUUCCCCGCUGUGUCAAUAUUUUUUUUUUUAUGUUUGCCGGCACAUUUCAUUAUGUCGCUUACUGCAAGCAGUACUUUUUUUUCAUAAUUACACCAAUUAAAAUAUUGGUAAUUAUCUUUUACGCUCCAACCUGGGUGACAAGAGCACAUCUGUCAAAGGUUUGUGAUUAGUAUAAAGGCUUCAGGUAUUGCUGUUCAUAUCCACUCGUGAACUGCCGCUUUCUCUGGCGAAGAUUCGACGGCCGCAAAAAUGAAACAUCUUGGAAUUUAUUUCCUGUCUAUCCUGGCGCUAGUCGCUUUUGCGACAGCAGCACCAAUGACCCAUAAUCAUGAAGGGGUCGAUGGAAGGGUCGACAAGGAAGCAGAGUUUGCAGGUCCCAUGAGCUUCAAGCAUGAUGCAGUGGAAGGCCGGGUCGAGACGGAGGAGGGGAGGGCGGAUAAUGCCGGCUUCAUUGAAAGUAUAGUCAGCUUUUUUAAGUCUCUGGCAUUGGCUCCCAUAACAGUGCCGCUAGAAAUCUUCAAUUUCAUCAUACAACGCAUUCCUGUCAUCGGGCGUUUUUUUAGACCUGGUUAAAAAAUCAUCAUGAGUACGUCAAGUAAACUUUUCAUCCAGGCUUUUUUUUUUCGAAUUAAGUUUUUGGAGCUCUCUUUUCAAGAUGUCAAAACAAAAGCUUGUCAUGUCAUUUCGAAGCACGUUUUUUCUUUUUACCAUAAAAUAGACCGAUAAAACAGAGCGACAACCUCGCUGGAACUCUGAGCGUGUAGAGCCCGAGGUGGCACUUGAAGUCUCGUGCACUACCGCCUGGCUCGAGAUGAACUGAAGUUAUGGCGGCUUCGUGAAUACGCCGAUCGCUCCCCAAAAUCAGUCCAAUCCGUCCUUGUUUUUUUUUUUUUCAUUUUUUGUAACAUCAACGAAAUAAAUACAAAGCCGGUGCAAAACGGCUCCUCUUUCUAAU